CCAAAACUCGCCAUUUGACAUAGCCGAACAAGACAUUUGGAUAUGCUCAGACAGAGCCCACUGCGUCUAUCGCAACUCCAGGCCUCUGUGCCAUGGAUUGCCAACAAGACCCCAGCAUUUGGAUGUUUGUCCAAUAAACCCAAUUCGAGAACAUAUUCUACACCAGCUAAGAAGAAUGGUGACAAUGAACCGAGUCUACGAAACCCCCGAUCCCUCCAAGCAAUCCACCUUAAGCCAUUGAAACGCGAAGCGCAAUUCGGCAUCCCCUCAUGCGAUCUGCAGCUGCGAUCAUUCAGCUUGCAGCCCCUCCAAUUCUUCUCAGAUUUUGCGCUACGAGCGGCAUAUUUCUUAGGAUUACCAGCUUCUGGACCAAUAACGCUUCCCCGAAUCACAGAGCGAUGGACUGUACCCAGGAGUCACUUCAUCUUCAAAAAAUCUCAAGAGAACUUUGAGCGUGUAACCCUGAGGCGCAUGAUCCAAAUCAAAGAUGGCAAUCCUGAAACUGUUCAGCUGUGGCUCGCUUACUUGCGCAAACAUCAGAUUUACGGCAUUGGUAUGAAGGCAAAUAUGUGGGAGUUUGGCACAACGGAGAUGUCCAAGUCGCUGGAGGAAGUCGAAGCCAAGUCACUAGAGUCAGCUGCUCCUUGGGCACAUCUGGGGCAGACCGGAAGCAUCGGUGAAUCUGACAAAGCGGUGGCCGACAUUCUGAAUUCUCGACGGGUUAAGAAAGCCGCAGACUAUAACUACCCCAUCCACGAGAUAUCAUAGGAACAAUAUACCCUUUUGGGAUCAACUUGCGCGAGUUAUGGCGAAAGAGAUCAUUUGGGAGUCACUCGUUCUACGUUGGUAGGAUGGAGGGGGAAAAGCAUCUGUAUUAUUAUGUUUUGCGAUAUGUAUAUCUACAGCAGUUGGGAAAAGACAGCCAUCAAAUGACGUUAAGAUAUUAAAUGAAGAAAAAAUUGAGUAAUAAAAAAAAGGCAACUUAAAGC